UAGGGCGCGUCCCCCUCCUCGGGCACCGGCCUCGGGCACGCGGAGAAACGCGCGCUCCCGGAUGUCUCUAUCCUGGACUGUAGUGACCUGCACCCCACGGCCUGGGCGGGGCUAACUCAGGCUAUGUUUCCCUUGCUACCCUCCUGUCCUGGGCCAUUAGUCCCCUUUCUGGAGUUUUUUCUGGGCAGCAGGCAAUCGACCCCUUGACAGCAGCAGAACAGCUGUGUGGGCAACGCGUGGGGAGAAGGAACACGUCCUGGACCCGUGUCAGAUUCGUCUUCAUCUUCACCUACAGAGAGAGAGAGAACAUGGCUCCUGAGCAAAGGGAAGCGGGGUCUCAGGUGUCAGUGACAUUCGAGGAUGUGGCCGUGCUCUUUACUCGGGAUGAGUGGAAGAAGCUGGACCACUCUCAGAGAAGCCUGUACCGGGAGGUGAUGCUGGAGAACUACAGCAACCUGGCCUCCCUGGCAGGAUUCCCGUUUACCAAACCAAAGGUGAUCUCUCUGCUGCAGCAAGGAGAGGAUCCCUGGAAGGUGGAGAAAGAAGGACCUGGAGGCUCCUCUCUGGAAUUGAAGCACAGUCAUAGAACCACCAAGUCAACUCAAACACAAGACUCUUCAUUUCAGGAACUGAUUCUGAAAACAUCUAAAAGAAAUGAAACUUUGAACUUGAAGUCAGAAAAUCCUUUCAUAUAUGAAGGGAAAUUAGAGGAAAAGCAGGAUAAGAAUGCUUUGACUAUAGAAAGAAGCCGAAAAAACAAUGAAUUUAGUCCAAAGUCACAUGGAGAAAAAAAGUCACCAGAAUGUGAAAAACAAGACACUUUCAAGCAGAUAGCAUCAUGUAUAUCUAAUCACCCAACAACCACAUCAGAUAAACGCUAUAAAUGUAGUAUGUGUGAGAAAACUUUCAUCAACACCUCAUCUCUUCGUAAACAUGAGAAAAACCACAGUGGAGAGAAAUUAUUUAAAUGUAAAGAAUGCUCAAAAGCCUUUAGCCAAAGUUCAGCCCUUAUCCAACAUCAAAUAACUCAUACUGGAGAGAAGCCUUAUGUAUGUAAAGAAUGUGGCAAAGCCUUCACUCUCAGUACAUCCCUUUAUAAACACCUAAGAACCCACACUGUAGAGAAAUCCUACAGGUGUAAGGAAUGUGGUAAAUCCUUUGGUCGAAGGUCAGGUCUUUUUAUACACCAGAAAGUCCAUGCUGGAGAUAACCCUUUUAAAUAUAAUCCAGGUAGGAAGUCAUCUGGCGCAUCCCUUCCUGGCCAGAGAAUCCAUUCCAGAAAGAAGACCUACUUGUGUAACGAGUGUGGCAACACCUUUAAGUCUAGCUCCUCCCUUCGCUAUCACCAGAGAAUCCACACCGGAGAGAAACCUUUCAAAUGUAGCGAAUGUGGCAGAGCCUUCAGUCAGAGCGCUUCACUUAUUCAACAUGAAAGAAUUCACACUGGAGAAAGGCCCUACAGGUGUAAUGAAUGCGGAAAAGGCUUCACUUCUAUCUCAAGACUCAACAGACACCGAAUAAUUCACACUGGGGAGAAGUUUUAUAAUUGUAAUGAAUGUGGCAAAGCCUUAAGUUCCCAUUCUACUCUUAUUAUUCAUGAGAGAAUUCACACUGGAGAGAAACCAUGUAAAUGUAAAGUCUGUGGGAAAGCCUUCAGACAGAGUUCAGCUCUCAUCCAGCAUCAGAGAAUGCACACUGGAGAGAGACCUUAUAAAUGUAAUGAGUGUGGGAAGACAUUCAGGUGCAAUUCUUCCCUCAGUAACCAUCAGCGAAUUCAUACCGGGGAGAAGCCGUACCGAUGCCAGGAAUGUGGGAUGUCAUUUGGUCAAAGUUCAGCUCUUAUUCAGCACCGAAGGAUUCAUACUGGUGAGAAACCCUUUAAGUGUAACACAUGUGGGAAAACCUUUAGGCAGAGCUCUUCGCGUAUUGCACAUCAGCGAAUCCAUACAGGAGAGAAACCCUAUGAAUGUAAUACAUGUGGGAAACUUUUCAACCAUAGGUCAUCCCUUACCAAUCAUUAUAAAAUUCAUAUGGAUGAGGACUCUUAAAGUAAAUUUGCAUGUGUAAAAAGCCUUAAACCAAAGCUCUUCAGAGAAUACGUGCUUGAGAGAUAUAAUAAAAAUAAUGAAUAUGGGAGAAAAUCUACAAUCAACUAAAUGCCGUGGUUAAAUUUUGUGUAACAGGAGGAAAGUAUUCAGACCUGUUCAACACUUUAAAAAAAAUUGUUUGAGAGCCAUGCAUAGUGGUUCAUACAUGUGGUCGUAGCUACUGAGGACCCUGAAGCAUGAGGAUUGCUUGAGUCUAUGAGUUUGAAGCAGCCUGAGGAAACCUAGGAAGAUCCCAUCUCAAAAAAAAAAAAAAAAUGAGUCAUCUGUGAUGCAGACCCUGACUUCAGGCGUUUGUAAAAUGGUGCUUUUCUCUCUGCGGCAGUGUGUGCUGGAUGUGAUUGUAAUCACAGGCAUCUAGUGAGCAGAAGGGUGUGCUGCACUUUUUUUUAUUUUUUAUUUUUUUGGUUUUUCGAGACAGGGUUUCUCUGUGGUUUUGGAGCCUGUCCUGGAACUAGCUCUGUAGACCAGGCUGGUCUCGAACUCACAUAGAUCUGCCUGCCUCUGCCUCCCGAGUGCUGGGAUUAAAGGCGUGCGCCACCAUCGCCCGGCUUGUGCUGCACUUCUUAUUAGCAAAACACUAAACCCUAUACUGGUGAUAUUUUUAUAACAUUUUAAUAAUAUCCAAGUGAUCAAAGAAAUUACACAUUUUUAAAAAGGGGCCAAAAUAAAAGAUUAAAAUGGACUAUAAUCUACCUCUUAGUCUCUGGAGUUUAUCAUUUUCUAUAUCUGAUUUCAAAUGUGUGUGAAUUUUAUUAAAAGUGAAAAAUUACAAAGCUGGUCUCUUGGUAUUACUGUGAUUGGAGCUAUUCUACCUAGUUAUUUUCCUAGAAUGUUUUUGUUGCUGCUGCUUUGAUUGCUUUAAAGUCAUUUGUAACUAA